AUGCUAUUGCUUUCACUGGUUUCUCUUCCACAUAUGGGAACAGCUUCAAAUAUUGAGUCACAAGGGAGAGCUCUUCUUCAAUGGAAAGCCACCCUUCAAAAACAGCAACCCUUUAUCACCUGGACUUCAAAGACCAGUCCAUGCAACUGGAUUGGAAUUACAUGCAGAGCUAUACUCUCACGUAGAAAUCACCACCAUGUUAUGGCAACCAUCACAAGAAUUCAACUGGGAGAGAUGGGACUAGAAGGGAAGCUAGAGACUCUAAACUUCUCGGCGUUGCCAUCACUCCGGGUUCUCAAUCUCAAUAACAAUGCUCUCCAAGGGUCCAUCCCUGCAACCAUUUCAGCUCUCACCAAGCUCAUUUACCUUGAUCUCUCAUCCAACAAUAUCACAGGCAUCAUUCCACCAGAGCUUGGUCAUUUGACAAAGCUGAAGAUCUUGUGGCUCUACAACAAUCAGAUAAGUGGUUCCAUCCCUCAUGAGAUUGGAUAUCUAGUGAAUCUCCAUGAAUUUGACAUUUCAACUAAUCAGAUAACCGGUUUUAUUCCUCUUAGCCUAUUAAACUUGACCAAUCUAAGUGUGUUAAGCCUUUACCAGAACCAAAUAUCUGGGUACAUACCCCAUGAAAUAGGACAACUUGUGAGUUUAAAAGAGUUCUAUCUCUUUCUAAACAAUAUAUCAGGUCCUAUUACACCCAAUCUUGGCAACUUAACCAAGCUUGAGCAUUUGUUCUUAUAUAACAAUAAACUCACUGGCUCCAUCCCUGCUGAGCUUGCAAGUCUAGUUAACUUGAGAAUGCUUGACAUAUCUAAGAAUAAAAUAACUGGUUCCAUUCCAACUUGGGUUGGGAACCUCACCAACCUGGAAUUUUUCUCCAUAAAUACCAAUAACAUGGAUGGAUUUAUUCCCCAUGAGAUUGGAAAUCUUGGUAACUUGACAACAUUUGACAUCUCUGUCAACCAAAUAAUAGGUUCUAUCCCACAUAGCAUUGGAAAUUUUUCCAAGCUUGAAUAUUUGUUUCUUUUCGCCAAUCAGCUUUCAGGGUCAAUCCCUCCUUCUCUCGGAAAUAUGAAAGAUCUAUUACAUUUGCGCUUGUUUGAUAAUCAAUAUCUCUCUGGCUCAUUGCCUCCUCAAAUUGCAAACUUUACAAAGUUAUAUCAACUUGAUUUGUUCAACAAUAGUUUUUCUGGAAUUUUGCCACCUGAUCUUUUCAAAAGGCUAACUUUGCUACAAUAUGUUGUUUUGGGAUAUAAUAAUUUCCAAGGUCCCAUUCCAAUAGGUUUGAAGAACUCUACAAACUUGAUCAGAGUUCGGCUUGAAAGAAACAACUUCACAGGAGAUAUUUCUGAAAGCUUUGGAGUUCAUCCAUAUCUGGAUUAUGUUGACAUGAGCUUCAAUAGAUUGUAUGGCACUUUAUCGCCUUCUUGGGGUCAAUGCCUCAACUUGACAAGUUUCAGGAUCUCAGGAAACAAGAUCACUGGAUCAAUACCUUCUGAAAUUGGUCAAUUACCGAAGUUACAGUUAUUCGACAUCUCUUCCAACGAUAUGGUCGGAGAAAUCCCAAGAGAAUACAACAUGUACAUAUUUCACUUGAACAUGAGCAACAAUCAUUUCUCUGGAACCAUACCACCAGAAUUGGGACAUCUAUCUUCAUUACAGAUUUUGGACUUGUCAAGCAAUAAUUUGAGUGGAAGAAUACCAGUGGAAUUGGAGAAAUGCCUUGAUUUAUCCUCACUGAAGCUUAGCAGUAAUAAUCUAAGUGGAAACAUUCCCUUUCAGCUUGGCAAUUUGAAUUUGCAUGAAGUUCUAGACUUGAGUUACAAUUUAUUCACUGGAGAGAUACCCUCACAACUUGGUAAAUUAAUGGAGUUGCAGGUGUUAAAUCUAUCACAUAAUGAAUUGGCUGGUCAAAUUCCAUCUUCUUUUCAAUACAUGAGAGGUUUGGACAUUACUAGAUUUAUCUUAUAA